AUAUAUACACACACACACACAUAUACAUAUACAGAAAUAUUACAAUGUAGUAUGUAGUAACGAAAGCAGACGAAAUACCAGCAUUGCCGACCCUCCACAGACUAAAAACCAUUCAACAAAACAGAGCACUCUCUAAUAUCCAUACCCUUGUUCCUUUCUAUUCUCUCUCUAAAAUCCUUAACCACGAAAUCCCAGACUGACAAAAAGUCAAAAACCAUGAAGAACAAGUUCUUGCUCUGUUUUCGGCCGGUAGUCCUCAAAACAGAGAUGGAGACCAGGGAUUUUGAUUGUUCCAGAGGUCAAGUAUGUACGUAUAUCUCCCAGCACAAACAAAAAGAUUUGAAGAACUCCACGAUCAAAUCACCAUUAAUUUUGAGCAAGAAUCUUCGACCAAAGAGCAAUUCACGCCGGUCACUUUUUGGGUUUUUCAAAGUUGUUCUGUUUGUUAUCUCGUUGAGAAAUAGAGUUCGUCACAGAAAUGUUCAUCAACUCAAGUCUCCGUCGAGGAUUAGUAAUCCAAAAUCUUUUGAUGUGGAUAACAAACAGAACAAAACAAUUUCAUCAUCUCAAUUGAAAACCUCAGAGUUACUGUCUAACAAGAAGAGUCUAUCUGGGUUUCGUUCUAUUUCAUUCGACCAGAAAAAACAGAGCAUUCACAAAGCUCAAGAGCUUAGUAAAGAGAGAACAGGAAACAGAGUGACCAAAGGUUCGAGUUCAAACUCAGGACUUUAUUUGCUUUUCAUUACGCUAUCAGUUACCAUUUUUUGGGGCAAAGUAUGUGCCAUAUUGUUCGCAUUGACAUGGUUCUAUUUUCUGCCCCGCCGGAGUUACUUCAAACAACCAUCGGAGAACAAGGCGACUUCGCCGGCAGUGAUGGAAAAAUUAAGUGAUUACAGGAAAAGAGUCAUAAUGGAAGGGAUGCUGGAAAGGAACCACCACCUGCGGCGCAUUAAAUCCUUUACGUGAAAGAGGAUUUUGGCGUGUUUGAAUGCGCAUACACAUAGUGCAUAUGUAUAUGUGUGUGGAUACAUACUUACUCUGAAUUAAAGCAUAGCUCACUCAAACUUGUCAAUGUUUCAUCAAUGAGAAUAUCGGACAUUCACAUUUCAUUUAUUUUUGUUUUUGGGCAUAUUAUAGGGAUUCAUACCUUUGGUGUGUUUUUUUUUUUUUUUUCCUUGGCAAGAAUCUCACACAGUGAUUUACUCUUACGGCGAGAAGUGA